UCACACCACACACUCCCAACGGGUAAUGGCCGAAUGACCGAUUUCUAAGAAUUAUUGAUCUCUGAAGGCAGCCAGAUGGGGCGAUAACCCAAUUGGGGUGUGGUGAUGGAGGUUCGCUGCAAGGUCCAAAGCUUGAUAUGAGCUGGAGUAUACCGCCAAUUCGCUUUUAUAAACCGCCGCUUUCGCCUCUCCAGUGGAGAUCCCCUCCCACUUCAUUCAAACUUCAUCGACUGGCGAUUGCACUUGAGUCGCACCUGAAUUGCUCGGUUUUUUAUUCUCUGCUCUCCUCCGUGGCUUUUCUUUUUCUUUCUUCUCCAGCUUAACACAAUUUAAUCGUUCUUGCGAUACCAUGCCUUCUCUUGUUGGACGGGAUAUUGGCCAUACUGGCUAUGGGUUGAUGAGAAUGACUUGGGUCCCUCAACCACCCCCGCAAGAACAAUCCUUCGAGGCCCUGAACACCGCUCUCUCUCAGGGCUCCAAUUUCUGGAACGCCGGUGAACUCUACGGCACACCUGAACACAACUCCCUGCAUCUGCUCCAUAAUUACUUUGUCCAGCACCCGGAGAAUGCGGACAAGGUUGUGCUCAGCAUUAAGGGUGGGUUGAAACCGGGCCAACUGGCGCCGGAUGGCUCCGAGGCCAAUAUUCGGCGCAGUGUGGAUGAGUGUCUGCGCGUUUUGGAUGGGAAGAAGAAGAUUGAUAUCUUUGAGUGUGCGAGACAGGAUCCCAACACUACCGUGGAGCAGACGGUGACUGUUCUUGCGCAGUAUGUUAAGGAGGGGAAGAUUGGGGGCAUUGGGUUAAGUGAGGUCGAUGCGGAGACUAUUCGGAGAGCACACAAGGUACACCCGAUUGCGGCCGUAGAGGUUGAGCUAUCUCUGUUCGACCUCACCAUCCUCCAGAACGAUGUCGCCAAAGUAUGCGCGGAACUCAACAUCCCCAUUGUGGCGUACUCGCCAUUGGGACGGGGUGUCCUGGCCGGCGCCUUCACUACCGCCGCCGACAUCCCCGAUGGUGAUUUCCGGAAGACGCUGCCCAAGUUCCAAGACGAGGCAAUGAAGCACAACAUCAAGCUGGUCAACGAGGUCAACGACCUCGCCUCUCGGAAGGGCGUUGCCCCCGUUCAGAUCGCACUCGCCUGGGUUCUUACCCUUAGCGACAGGCCUGGCAUGCCUACGAUUAUCCCUAUCCCUGGGGGCACCACGAGCGCCAAGGUGACGCAGAACUUGCAAGCGCCUCGUCUGACCGAUGCAGAGAUGGCGGAGAUUGAUGCAAUUCUGAAGCGGAAUGAGAUUGUUGGGGGUCGGUACUGAGGGGUUACGGUACAGUAAUGGAUGAUUCGAUUCUCAAUCAUGUCUUGGUAGAUUUGUCACUAUAUGAUGAACUAGAUAAUGAAAAACAAAAUAGAUUU